AUGACUGACAGUCUUGAGGCCAUGGCAUUUAACAGUAAGAUGGAUAUCAAUGACAUUUACAGCUGUAGGUCAGUAUCCAUGGUAACAUGACAGUUUAGUCAUGUCUCGCUAUUCAGUAGAAUUACUUUUGAGGCUUUUAACCAAACAUUGGAAACUGGCCAUCCUGUAGGCAAGUUAUGUCAAGAAACUAUAACAGAUUUAGUGAAUUUUCCUUGAAUUUCUUAAUCCAAAACUGGGCCUGUACAGCCUCGACACUCUUACCUUUGCUAAUUACAGCCACCUCUAAACAAUGGCCAAUUUGUUUUGUCCUGGCAGAUACGUUACCUCUUGUUUUAACCUCUCAACUCUGGCUGGCAAACUUGAAUGUUUUUAACCAACCUGGUUUUCUGUCUGUGUGUCAUGAAAUGGCGACGAGUGAAAUUAGAAAAUAAUUUCAGGCGCGUUUUGUCAAAAUUCUUAUGAAAUUGUCAGAUGUGUGACAAAAUGUUGGUGAAAUUUUUUCAGUAAUCUUAAUUUCACUUGUCUAUAUUUGAUUACAUUAACAUCAUGAGUGACAAAUUACACUCACAAUCUUGGUUUUUAGGCUUGUUUGUGUUAUCGAGAACUCCACGCGCUGAAAAGUUAAGGGCUUAAAUUUUGGCAUAAGUUCGGAUUUGAUCCCACGACAUCUUCAUUCUUAACAUUUUUAAACCUCGACACCAUCUUGGCACUGCAACAUACGAACUGUUGCCUUUUAGUUGGCAGUUUUCACAAUUUGUUAUUUCACAUAUGAAAGUAUAAGUUAACUCUGAAAUUUCGCACCAAGAUUAUGGGGUACCCAGUCCGGUAUUUUGUUACCUAUGAUAUUAUGAUAUUCACGGUGAUCAGUUGGUUUUUAGAACAAUUUGUUGGUGCAAAUUUAUAGUAGUAGUUUUUAAGUCCCACAUCACUUUAUCUGUUGUUGUUGUUGUUGUUUUUUUCAGCUGGGGACCUGAUGACAAUGGAAAAACAGUUGAUGGACCUCAUCAGUUAGCGCAGGUUACCAACUCAUUUUGUUACUCUAAUGAACCUUCAUGAUCAACCUUGGGAAUAGACAAAGAACGCAAAAACAGUGAAGGCUUAACCGGGGAGUCGUACGCUGAAUGCGUGGUGAAAACUGCACACAAAAUUAUGUCCAAUUGUGCUGAAACUCUGGAUUUGUGUGAGUUUUGAUUUUUUUUGUUGUGGAUUCGCUUUCAGGCUGCCCUCGCUCAUGGAGUCCUAGCUGGGAGGAGGGGUUAUGGUAGCAUUUUUGUAGUGGCGUCUGGUAAUGGAGGUCAUUUUAAGGAUAAUUGCAACUUUGAUGGAUAUGCAAACUCUAUUUACACAGUUACAAUAGGUGAGUGGAAGAACUGUAAGGAGUAACUACAUGUACUGACAGUUUUUAAUGACGUCACGCAUAUGAAGUUUAAUUCUUUAACUCCCAGAAGUUACCAAAGUCAAAAUUCGAGAAAAGUUCUAAAUUAUUUGUUUUCAAAUGCGGUAAAACUGAUGGUACCGAUGUAAAAGUACUGUUAGAGGGGUUUCAUUUGAAUGGUCACACCUUAGGAUUUUGUACACGGACUCAAAAGGUAGAACCAACUUAUUAUAAGAGUCGAUCAUUUACUGUGGGGGUGGAAGAGUUAAACCUUACCCUUGUAUACUCUGCCGGUAAGCGGACACAGUUGUCUUCAAGGAAGAGAAUUUUCACUUCUUUUGUUUCCACGCUCCUGUUUCCCGACAUCUCAAGCCUGUUUUAGUAUCACAGUAGGAGAGUAUUACAUGAUAGUAUCACAGCCAGUCCUAGUAUCACAGUACAUUAUUAGCCAUUGAAUGGUACUAGUCAAAGACCGUAUUGUUAAAGGCAAUAAAACAAGCCCUGAAUACUGUGGCACCUGGUAGACGCCGGCGACAACUGUGACUCUUUUGGGUCGCAGUAACGCCUUUUCAAAAGAUAAAAUCUUGCCCUUAAAAUACGACACCUGAGAACAAAAAAAGUGCUUAAUUUUCACUUGUUCAAAGAAAAUUUAGUCGAUGGAAAAAAUCACCUUUCUUUUUAAGAACUAUCCAACAAAUCUGUGGCUACCUAAGUUUUGAUUAUUGUGCGUAAAUUGUCUCGCCAGUUUUCUUGAGGCCCAUGAGGAUGCCUUGCCCACCCAUUGAAAGCUCAACAAUCUCCCAAAGAAGUGAAUGAUUAUUGGAUAUCUGUUGUAUGAUGUGAAUUGUUUGUUGUUUUCUUUGUUUUCGUUAGGUGCUGUGGAUGAGUUAGGUGAUAUGCCGUAUUAUGCAGAGCAUUGUGCGGCAAUGCUUGCAGUUACCUACAGUAGUGGCCAAGGCAUGCAGAGAAACAUAGUAAGAGCUAUAUAUAUUAGAGAAGUGCCGCACAUGUUGUGCGGUACGAAACUAGUUAGUAAUAAAAUGCCAAGUCGGAACUUACGUUGAUCAGAUCACCUCGAUUUAUGGAUUAAAUUCGGUUUUAUGUACUGUGUUGAUAACAAAAUGGCUACCGUUAUGUGGUUUAAACGAUGAAGCUUUGUUAUUGACGGGGAGAUUUUCGAAUUCGACCCGCUAAUGAUUGAUAUUAUUUUUAAAAGGACAGAACAGAGGAGAAGUGUGACAUCAGGUUACCAUGGUAGCAAUAUUUCUGGAUCUCAACAACCUUUGGAUCAAUUUAGGUUCCUGGGAAACUGCCCAUCUACCCCUCCCCUAAACUAACAUUAACACUUGGUCUCAAUCGUUAGAGCGGAGCCCAGAGCUCGUUUGAACAGAGAAUUGAGUUCGAUUGUAUAAUUUCCACAUCCAAACUGUUCAAUUUUUCAUCGUUCUUGGCCAAAAGCUUGUUGCUUGGUGUGGAGUAUACUUAAGUGGAUGGGGAUGGCUGGUCCAUUGGAGUUGCUGGUGCUGGACAUAGGUCGGAAAAGUAAUUUUUGCUUCGUUGUUCAGUGUUUUGUAGAGCAUGCAUAGCCUUGCUAUUCGCCUCCUGUGCUGUGUAAUUAGUUUAAUGCUGGGGAGACACAGCACUCCUCUCUUGAGUAAGUCUCGGUCACAAAAUGAUUUCCAUCUUGUGAUCCUGUACCGUCUCUUUAACUACUAGUUCUCCCUGCUUUGCAGAAUCUGUUUUUUUUGUUAAUAUUUUGGCAAGCCAAUUUGUUUUCUUUUUUUACUGUCCUCUGUUGUCGUCCAGGUAACAACUGACUGGAGACUUGGUACUGGUACCGGGUGUACUGACAAACACACAGGAACUUCUGCUGCAGCGCCAUUAGCUGCUGGAAUGAUAGCAUUAAUGCUACAAGCCAGGUAAGAUUAACGUGCAGCACCUGCCAAAUGCAAGCUCCUGAAACUCACGUCACUCUUAACUCUGAAAGGACAGACGCACAUAAUUAUCGUGAUAUCUUAAAAUCAGCUUGCAGCAGAACAUGCAGGCUUAGAACCUUCCUGGAAAACGCACCAACUCUUUAAGGUCGCGGGUAAUAACUUAGGUUUAUCACAACCCAUCCCAUUCUCGGAGAUGGAGGUACUGUCAGUCAGCUGUUCGGACGAGGAAACGGUUUGCUUAGCUCCGUUUUGCCAUCCCGACUGACUUACCCUAAUUAUCCGAGGAUGAGCUUCCUCCUUAACGAUUCUUCUUAUCGUUCUACAAGUAACAGAACUUUCAACGGUUUUUUUUUUUCAGCUGUUGAUAAAACUUAGUUAGCAAAAUCCGAGGACACCGCUGGAAGGAGCAAUGUGACGUUAGUAAACGAGUAAGACGUAUCACUUUCCGCACUUUAAAGUGAUACGUCUUACGCGAUCGAAGAACUAUCGGGAAUUUAAUAGCGACGAAAAAAAACCCUCUGGUACCGAGGGUAUGUGGUGGGGGAGGGGAGGGGGGGGUAUAAGUUUGUGCCGACCACCAGGCAAACGUCUUGUAAAAUUUCACGACUUUGAGGAGCUACAUCUUCGUUAGUUUUUAUCGAAUCACUUUCAAAUUUGACAAUUGUACUAAUAUAAAGGCGCUCUUUUCAGUGGUGUCGGCGGAUUUUCCCUAACUGGUCCAGGUCUGCCGGGAGACAUUUGGUUAACAAUCGUUUGUAACUCUUAAGAAUCAUUGUUGUUGUGACAAAGUACCUUAUUCUCACUUAAUUUCGCGAGUAUUAAAUCUCGCCAUUCUCGCGAUUAGGGAAAAAUCCCGAAAUUUGAUUACGCGAAAUCUAAACAUCCCCUAAAAUCCCUAAAAUUUCUCAGAGAAACCCUAAAAAUCGCGAAAUAUGGCUCAUUAUUUUUCACGAAAUUUAGUACUCGCGAAAUUAAAUGUGAGAAUAAGGUGAGGAGAAAUGAGAUAAGAGCUUUACAAGUUUAAUCUCUACAGACUCUCAUGGAACAAGCGGUUGUAUUGCUGAAAGGCGUCCCACUGAUACUGAAGGACUUGCUAAUUUGUUCCUUUUUCAGACCUUGUCUUUCCUGGAGAGAUGUUCAACACAUCAUUGCCAUUUCUUCCGUUAAGGUACGAGGGUAUUUUAAGUAUUAUGCGUGAUCCGAAACAAAUGUGUAACACUAACUGCACAGGACACCCACGAUGUAAAUUGAAGAUGAUGUGUUUCUAACUGGGUCGGGCACGAAGUUAGAUUAGGAAUAGAUCCUAGGGAUGGUAGAGCGAGUAUUUCCUGCAUCUAGCGAGGAGUUGCGCGUAAAAGGUAAAAAGGAAGUUGCGUGUCCACGCAGGAGGUGUUUUUCCAUGUGCCCCCAUGUUUCGCUUUCUCUAGCUACUCAGAUCUCGUACCCAUAGUCCUUUGGCUCUAUGGUCAGCGGAUGGUCACGAGGAGUUCUCCCUUCGACCAGUAAGCCCGCGGACUAAUAUCACGCAUCCCUCACACGGUCCACGCGGUGCUAGAAAUGAACGAAACAAAACGAAUGCUUGUAGAAAAGAAAGUUCAAAAUUUGACUUCUACAAACCGUAUACGCUAUAAGAACGACAUCUUUUUAUACAAUGGUCAGUUCGUAUUUCGUUACUUUUAUAAGCGUUAAGUCGUGGCUAUACUCUUCACUGUUAACCUCAUUUAUGACACCCCCUACAAAAGAGAGUUACUUUUUUACUUUUUUCUUCAGCACGAUGUAGAUGAUAAUGAUUAUUAUACAAAUGGGGCAGGAUAUCAUCAUAGUCAUAAAUACGGAUUUGGACUUCUGGACUCAUGGCGCCUGGUCAACACUGCUAAGGUAUAGCGACAGUGAUAGUGAUGCAGAUCUUAAUCUUAAUCAGCAGUAAUAGACAAAAUAGUGGCUACGUGGCAGUUAAUGCAAAACAUAGGCUAUUCACAUUCGGUAAAUCUCUCUCAAAUUAUCCGUCUUGAUUAAAAUCCUCAAAGGAAAACAAUAGGGACGAGUCAAGAACUAGGAAAUACGCCGUGUUUUGCCAACGGGCUCGCCAGGAUAAAAAAUGACUAGAAAUGUGAACGCCAGAUACUUCGGUUCAGUGAUGUGCAGUCUAGGAUUUUGUUAACAGAAUGAUGCUAAGAACUACAUUAAUUGUGAUAAACAUAACUAUAAGAAAGUGUCAGUCGAUUAGACGUAUUUGAACAUUUUUGGACUCGAGAGUUAGGGUGGGUAAUAUAAUGAACACUGGUUAAUACAAGCAAAUUCUCCUAAAGAGCUUUCUAUUGAAGGGUCACUCUUUAUCUGUAGACUAGAACUGCUCUAUACAGCAUAUUUUAAUUUGACAAACCAACUAACCUACAAACAAACAUUUACACCAGGGUGAACAAUACAGCGUAGUGGUAGCCUGCGUAGCAAGCGUUUUCGUGCGGUUUAGGAGCAAAGAACGAGGAACGAGAAUCAAAGACCGUGCGAAAAAUUUUUUGGCUCUUGUUUCAUUUCUCGCGCGGCCAAAACCGAGAAUCCCGUUCCUCGGUCUUUCUUUGCUCCGAAACCAAACGGAAACGCUUGCUACGCAGGCUAGCGGAGUGGUUUUCAUCUGAGUUGUCACAGAGUCCAUAAAAAAAAAGAACUGAAGAGAGAAAUAACUGAAUUGCAUUCCAAAACUGAAUUGUCUGUAGUAGUGCUAUGAUUAGAAAACGUUUAUAUGCUGUCUAUAGGUAUGGGAAGCAGUUCCAUGGAUGACAUCUUGGUCAACCCCUGUUAUUCACGUAGAGAAACAAAUUCCACCAUCAAGUAAUCAACUCAUAGAAAAAUAUUACGGUAUGUACAGGAAUAUACUGAACAAUUAUUGAAUAAAGCGAAGUAUCAUCUGAAGAAUUAUGGAGAUCUCGGAGGGUGUUAUCUGCCGAGGCCUUGUCAUUAAAAAUAACUCCUAGUUUAAAAACAAGCUAAAACAUGCUUACCUCCAUCGAUGUUAAGUUCAUCUUCGAUAAUGCUUGUUUAUCGGCAUGUUUAGGGGAUAAAGGGUUGUUCAGUUCUGCAAAUAUUCCCCAAAUAGUAGACGUCGUCCGUCGAGUUGUCUUCUUGCUGUUCUUGCUAUGUUUUUCUUCUUAGUUAGCUAAUAGUUCGCCUAUUUCUUCUAAGUGAAGCGUGUGAAAUAUUCCGCCUUUUUUGGACUCACAACUUCGUCCCCAGGUCUUCUCGGUUAACUUUUCAAUAAUCUGGCAAUUUUUGCUGCACACUUGACGUCAUUUUUCACAUAUCACAAUAUUUUCCAAUCAGAAACGGGGAAAUAAUUUUAAUGAAUAAUAACAGCGCGUUCCUUCAUCACUCUCGGAUAAUCCAACAGAGCUGUUCAUGAGUCGUCGCAAUAAAACUAAGCGUCCAACCCGUCAAAAAGCAGAAACGGGCUCCAUUCCCCUGAAACCUUUGAGGUAUCCGUGCCCCCCUUCGCUUGUAAUCAUAUACUCAGAAUCGGUAUGGAUCGCAAGUUGAACAGUCGAUACAAAAUGGCUGUGGUUCAUUUUCCGUACGAAAAUGCUGUGAUGAUGAAAACCCAGGCUUAUUUUCUUAAGGUAACCCCGUUAAUGCUAAUUUUGUUUAUUUACAGUUUCGAAAGACAUGGUUACAGAAGUGGUAACUUUAGAACACGUAACAGUUACUGUAAGUAUAAUGACUCAUGUAUAUAGAGAGAUUUAGAAUAACGCUUAAGGCAAACGGCAAACGUGAAUUUGUACCACGUGACCAAGUUUUCUCUUUACAUAUCUUUUACUGUUCUUUUCUUCUGCAAAAAAAAAGUAGUUUCACGUUAUCUUCAUCCAUAAGAGUUGUUUCAGACUGUUUUUAUCCGCUCAUUUUCUAUUUUGAGACGUUCCCAAUUGAGUCUGCAGUUUGCCGUUUGGUGAAAUAUGGUCAUGGCUGACCACAUGUAUGGUGGUAAUUAUUAUUGUUUGUCAACAAUACCGAUCGCUUCACCUGGAGACACGACUCAAUCCUUAACUUCAUCGCCAAGUCACUUCAACCCGUAAUUAAUGUUCACUCUUCACUCUAUGCCAAUGUUAAUGGUUUUCUGAAUCCCUCAGUAAUUACUGGUGAAAAUUAUCGUCCAGAUCUUCUUUUCCUAAUCCAGUCCAAGUGCCUAUAUGUUCAGUUCUAGAAUGGACAGUUGGUCUUGAGUCUAACCUUAAUAACAAUGCAGUGCGUGAAAAAGCAAAAUAUCUGAAUUUGAUCAAGGAAAUGAGUAGAAAUUACAAAUGUGUGAAAUUUGUAAACCUAUCCAUGAGCUCCCUUGGCGUUUUCUCCCACAAAUGCCCCGCGUUCUUACACAUGAUGAAUGACAUUGGCAUUUGCAAAAAGCAACAACAUUAUAUAAUCAAAAAAAUGAUAGCUAAAUAGCUCUUUUAAUUAUAUUCUAUUGUUGUCCUUUCUCUGCAUGCUUUACUUCAUUCUUUUACAUUUUCAAACAUUUUAUAAGUUCUUAACAUAUUUUUACACCUUACACAUAUAUAUGCUAAUUCUCUUAACUUCUUACUUACUUGAAAAUGACCGAAGAUCGGCCGAAACGUCGUUUUUACUCCGUGAUUUUUACUGUGGUAAGUUUUAGAAAACCCUUACUUAUAAGAUUACAUCUUUUGUUGUAGAAACAGGAAUUGGGGCUCAGACUUAAUACAAUUUUGAUUUUUUUUUUUUAAAUAAUUCAAUCUCAAGCAGCCGAUUGUAAAUUGCCUAUACGUAGCGAGAUUUACAGUUGUACAUUUAAAAACACAAAUAAAGUUUCCAUUAUUAUUAUUAUUAUUAUUAUUAUUAUUAUUAUUAUUAUUAUUAUUAUUAUUAUUAUUAUUAUUUUCGCUAAUUCUAGUCAUGAUAGUCAUGUAAAUAAAGCUCGUUUUUGUUAAGUUAAUCUCUUGUUUCAUUUUUUAAGGUGAACCUACAGCACCAUCAUCGUGGUAAUUUAAUGGUUAGUUUAGUGUCCGCUGAAGGAACAACGUCCAAACUGGCAACAGCCCGGCAACUCGACAGGUGAAUCAGACUUCCUAUGUUACAGCAGUUUUGAAUUGUGUAUUGAGCUUUCCUACGCUACGUAAUUGACUGACAAUUCUCAUGUCACUCUCCCGACCAAUCAGAAGUGAAACCACAACAAUUUACAACUUUUUUUUUGCAACUUCCUCGCUAGGAUUUUGCUGUUUAAGUGACGGCGGCAUGAAUUUGCUUCAGUUUUAAUUGACUUCUUGUUCAUUCUUCUGUUUGUUGCCUGAAGUGAGUUGAGAAUGCGCUGAAAGCACGCGCAAGACGUGAAUGAAAAGGCUUUGCGGGUGUUUGAAAACCACUCUCUCCUUUGUCUGUCUUGCAGUUUCCAACAACAAACUCGCUUGUGUAGUGGUGCCUUACGAUUGAAUAUUCAUCAACAAACUUGAAAAUUUGUAGAAUAUACUAUACACUGUAAAGUGGAGCAGGCUUGUACAGUUUAGACUGGGUAGUUUCCCGGGUUAAAACAUUUUUAGUUCCGAUAAGCUCGUAAAAUGCUGUAAUUUCCAGGUGUAGAGCGCCAUUUUGUGUUACUUGAGAAUAAAAUACCUUCCAUGGCCCCAAGUUAUCUUGAUAUUUUAAAUUUGCGACCAACGAAAAAGUCGAACAAAACAAACGUGUGCAUUUUCCUCAGUCUGUUACUGUUUCCUUUCCUUCACUAAUUACCUGCGCAGAUCAUCAGACGGCUUUGUGGACUGGACAUUUUCUACCGUACGAUGCUGGGGAGAAAAGCCACAAGGAACGUGGCAGCUUAUAGUUGUCGACAAUGGUAUGCAAUUGAUUCGUUUUCUUGUAGUGCAACAUUGCACUUACUCAUUUUCUUUCCUGUUCACUCUAAUGGUUUUUAUUUUCGACGAAUGUUAUGGUCAUCCAGCCAUUUUCUUUUUGAUAGGCGUUUUAAAAAGCUAUUAAGUCCAAAAUGAACUAAUCCAUAGAGGAACAAAUCUUGCGUCAAAAACAUAUGGAACAGAGGAAAUAAAACUCAAAAUGUGUGUAAGGUUUAUUCUAUGUUAAUUUUUCUCAUUACAGGGUUUGAUGAUAGCCGAGGAUACUUAAAAGAUUGGAAGCUAACGUUUUAUGGAUCGUCCAUGACUCCUGAAAAAAUUCACAAGAAACAGAGGUGUGACACAACAAAACUAUUUUUGUUAUUUGUAAAGUAGUUCCUAAUUGUAGUGCUUUUUAUUAUUUACGUUUUUUAAACCUCGUAACUCAGUGUUGUGUUAUUUGAUAGCACAGCCACUUUUUAUAUGAGGCAGCCAUUUAUUACACUAACAGGGACUAGAUAAUACGGACCGGGGGAACUGGAGAAGAGGGGAGAAUUCAAACGGCAGUGAUUAACUCAGUCAAAACUCUUAGACUGCGAGCAGUCUCUUAUUUUUCUUUGCAAAGUUACUGCAGGCGAAACCUAAGCACGCGAGCGGCAAAGCGGCGAGCUGCGAGAAACAAGGGCGUAAGCCCGAGAAGAAAAACUCUCAGCUGCUUUCUCUUUCGUUUCAUGGGAUUUUGUUCAACUCUGAAAGCCGAAGCAGGAACAUAAAAUAAUUUUUCAGAAUAUAUUUUCAUCUCUCUCCAGUGACUGAGUUUUCCUCUUUUUAUAAUUUUUCAAUACUCCGAAACAAGAUAACACUUUCAAAAAACAUGAAAAAUUCCACACACAAAAAAAAUUCAACAACAUCGUUGCAGAGCGGCGACUUCAACUUUGAAGAAUGAUGAUAACAGCCUCUUCUUUUGUACAUUGCCGCNGUGUAAGGUUUAUUCUAUGUUAAUUUUUCUCAUUACAGGGUUUGAUGAUAGCCGAGGAUACUUAAAAGAUUGGAAGCUAACGUUUUAUGGAUCGUCCAUGACUCCUGAAAAAAUUCACAAGAAACAGAGGUGUGACACAACAAAACUAUGUUUGUUAUUUGUAAACUAGUUCUUAAUUGUAGUGCUUUUUAUUAUUUACGUUUUUUAAACCUCGUAACUCAGUGUUGUGUUAUUUGAUAGCACAGCUACUUUUUAUGUGAGGCAGCCAUUUAUUACACUAACAAGGACUAGCUAAUACGGACCGGGGGAACUGGAGAAGAGGGGAGAAUUCAAACGGCAGUUAUUAACUCAGUCAAAACUCUUAGACUGCGAGCAGUCUCUUAUUUUUCUUUGCAAAGUUACUGCAGGCGAAACCUAAGCACGCGAGCGGCAAAGCGGCGAGCCGCGAGAAACAAGGGCGUAAGCCCUAGAAGAAAAACUCUCAGCUGCUUUUUCUUUCGUUUCAUGGGAUUUUGUUCAACUCUGAAAGCCGAAGUAGGAACAUAAAAUAAUUUUUCAGAAUAUAUUUUCAUCUCUCUCCAGUGACUGAGUUUUCUUCUUUUUAUAAUUUUUCAAUACUCCGAAACAAGAUAACACUUUCAAAAAACAUGAAAAAUUCCACACACAAAAAAAAUUCAACAACAUCGUUGCAGAGCGGCGACUUCAACUUUGAAGAAUGAUGAUAACAGCCUCUUCUUUUGUACAUUGCCGCAGUCAAAGUAGAAAAUAAAUGGUGGGCCAGUUUUCUCUCGGCUUGUUCCUCUUUCCAUUCUUGAUGAGCUUGUUUUCGUGUUUAGUCUGGCUCACUCUUUCUUGCAGUCUUGCCGAGCUUGUUUUUGUAACGAACGUGCUCGGCUAUCUGACUGAAAUGAGGAACGUAGAGUGUACAAACUGAUUAAUAAACGUGGUGCUAUGUUUCCAGACUUGUUGAAGAAGCGGCGAGUGGCAAGUACCUCCAUAGUGAUGACACACCACCGUGCCCUCACAGACCCCCACUCUACACCCCUCAGGACGUGGUUUCCGAGAGGACCCUCAAGGUGUGUCUUAUUUUCAUUUUAUUUCUAAGCGGCAAAUACUGCAGAUUUCCAGCAUAACAACGACGUCAGUUAAGGGCUAAAUUAAAAAUAAGUCAUUUUUGCUUUUGCUAAAUACCCUAGUGUGAAUCAUUGUAAACUUGCGUGAUUUUUUAACAAGUCAAGUGAAAGAAGGCCGAUCUCACUGGGAAAUUGAUUGGAACGGCCACCGCAAAAGGGAUAAAGCAGCUGAAGUUUGUAGCUCUGACCCUGAGUCAGGGUGUGGUUUAUAUAAUAGAGCACUUUCACACGACGUCACGUCAGUAAAUUGGUUUUGUUAUGUAAGCUCUUACAUGUAAAUGAACUACGUUAUUGAUAGAAAAAUUAUUGUAAUUUGGAAAAACGAGUAUACAGGAGCACAAAAUUCGUUCUCGUUCUUUUUUCAAUGUUUUUUCUUCAUUUCUUUUUUUAUAAUGUGUGCUUUACGAAUCAUCAAACGAAAAAAGUUAUUUUCCCACACAGUGACUAUGAUUCCUAAUAAUUUUGCUAAUGCGUUGUAUUUUAGGUUCUGCUUCUGUUUGGAGGCUUCUGUUUUCUUGUGUCCAUCUACUUCACUGUUGACGUAAUGUUUGAUAGCGACGCUGGCGAUGAGAAAAGUCCCGAUCCGACGAGCGCAGAACCACAAGAGGGGACCCCUCUGUUGUCUAAUAAACUGGCAGAAGAGGAUCAGAUUCGACUAAGGUUAGCAUGAAAUAUUCUUGCUUUCUAAGCAAAUUUCAUUUCACACAUCAUAGGAACAUCUCAUGGGAGUGGUUUCUUUAUGUUAGGACUCGGAAACCCGAGAUAAUCAUAUCGGAGCUGUCACAGUCGCUCCCUUCGUUUCAAUGGUUAUAGAUAUUAAACAAACAAUACAAAAUGUUGGGUAAAGGAAAAUAAAAAGUGGAAGAAAUACUUACAUUUAUAACCCUUUUGUUACCUUUUUCUCUAAUAGUCUACUUUAGAUGUAUCUCUGCACCAAUGACCGUUACAUUGCUGGUAUUUUUCGUUGCUAAUCAAGUUGGGGGUUGUCACUUUUGUUAGAGGGGGAUGUCAGAAAAUUCUGUAUGAUGUGGUAAGGAUAUGAAAAAAUAAUUCCCAUUUUGAAAAUUGUCCUAUGUUCCCCUUUCAGUAUACAUAAUAAAUGCAGCCUAAGAUUUUUCUAUUCUUGUUUAUUUAGCCACAUCCUAGAGAGAGGCGCUAAGAAAGGAACAACCAACGAAAACCGCACAAAGGAAUCUGCGCAUUGUUCCACUCCGAGCAAGCACGCUCCUUCCCCGGUGGACGAAAAAAAGCGGGUUGAAGAAUUCGAGAAAAGGCUUCGAUACGCGAUGGAGCAAAGCUUAUACUUACAAGCACAACAUUUAAGCGCGCUGGACAAGUUUGAGAAAGAUCUUAAACAGGCUAAAGAGGAGAGCUUACUCUCUCAUGUACUUCACAAGAGUCGCUUGAAAGAACCCACCAGCGAAAAGAGCAAAAAACCACUAAAAGGAAUUCUUAAAAAGUCCAAAAGGUAA